AUGGUUGGUGCUCAACAGUUUCCCGGUAUUCUAGACCUUCCUGACUCAUUAAUAAGAGAUAUAAUCUACUAUGCUGAAAUACCAUUUCAUGUAUUGAAAAAACUUGCUUUAGAAGAUUCAAGAUGUUUAGAUUUGGUGAGAGCCAGCUCGCUUAUUAUUACAAAUGAUUUUAGCUUACCACAUGAGACCAUGCUAAGUGUUGAUGGGUUCGGUCCAUUAGGACUAGAUAUUUAUGGGUUAGAUGUUAGGCAAUCUUCAUUCUCUCGUUCCAGCUUCAUUUAUUUAAUUUUAUCACAUGAAUGUGAUUUUGAUAAGUUAAAUAAUGUUCUCAAAGCGUUUGAAGGUACUUUUCAGUUCAAGGUGUUAUGGUUUGUCGAGCUUUAUAAAAAGAAGUUUUUUUAUAACGGCGGUGUCAAUUAUUACAAAUAUACAGAAUGGCUAACUGGCGAAAUAUCUACAAAAAUAUAUUAUGAUCCUACAAAGCUUCCAAUUAGCUGCAAUAUUUUGGUUUUUAAUAACAUGAAAUCUAUGAUCGGUGAAAGUAUUAAACGAAUUACUUAUACUCCAGAUGAUAUUGAAUCCAUAACGAUUUAUCAUACAGAUAAAAGCAAUCAGUUAACCGUUUCAAAUUUGAAGUUGAAAAAUCUGAAACAAAUUUCAAUAUUUUGUCCUAGUAAUAUGAACCUUGAUACAUUUCAUAAACUUUAUGAUUGUUACAUUUCACCAAAUCAAAUUAUAGUUCCUAUUGUGGAAACAAAUAGAGUCACAUUCAAUAAUUGUUCUUUACCUCAACUUGAAACUUUGAAAACUGGGAGAAUCACAAAAAUUGAAGCUAUUAUUGAUUGCAGUUUUCCAAAAUUGGAACAUUUAAUGAUGAACAACAAUUUUAUGUUUCUGAUUAGAAACUCAAAUUUCCAAAACUUGAAAUGCUUAAGCAUUAGAAAAGUUUUCAAAAUUUCUGAUGAAAAAUAUGAUUACGAAAACUCAAAUCUUUCGAUACUUGAUGAACUUCUGGCUGAUUGUGAAGAGGAAAAUUCUGCUCUUGAAAAAGGAGAAGUUAAGAUAGAUCUUGAAAAAUAUUGUGAAAGUUAUUGUAAAAGAUAUAAUAUUGAUAUGGAUAAAAUUGAGUUGAUUCCUUUCAUGCUUCUUGAAAAUGUUAAUUUUAAAUCAUUGAAACAUUUGAAAGUACCACAUGAAAAUUAUUUAAUGACUGCAGCAUUCGAUGAUUCCACUUUGAAUAAACUUUGUGUUGAAAUUGAAUAA